AUGCGUUUCUUCCCAGCCGUACUCCUGGCAACUGGGGGUGUUCUCCUGACAAAUGCUACGUGUGCGUCCUUCGACUCGGAGUUUGAGCUAGCCACCGCCGACCAUCCGACUGUGUUCCGUUCCCUCGCCUACCACCAUAACAGCGUCGCUUCUAAACGGCUGUUGCGACGUUACGAUGUUGACAACGAAGGGAGAACCGUCGGGGGCGGCGCCAAGAUCAAGAGCCUUUGGUUGAAGGUCCGUGCGUAUUUACUAAAUCGUAAGAAAGAUGAGGCUGACAUGGCAGCGAAAUUACAACUCGGCGGUAUUGACCACGCCUUGUCAAGCUCAAAACUGGAGCAAUUGACCAAGGAAGUCCAAGUGUUUAACAAAAAGUCCAUUGCCAAAGUCACGGUGAUUGGGACGCUCAGGACCCUCUACGGAGAUAUCGAUCUGGCAAAGGGGCUCAAGGCUGCCGAAAGGGAGGCGUCGCCCACACUUCUAGAACAACUCAAAGCGUUGAGGCAGGACCUACAGUCGAAGUGGCUGAACCGCGGCAUCUCCGCGGACGUUAUUUUCAAGCAACUGGGGAUUCGCGAAGAAAAGUAUCAAAUGUUUUUCAGUGGGAAACUGGACAUUCUGGAAGCCUAUAUCAAACUCAUCAACCAGAACAAAAAGAAGGGCGAUCCGGUAUCUCUGGUGAGCAUCUUGAGUAAGGGAUUUGGCGGGGAGGACAAGCUGGUGGCGCUCGUGACUUCUGCAAAAAAAAGUAGCAUGACGGGGAAAAAAGCCGACGAAUUGGAGACUGCUUUACUCAAUAAGUGGCUGAGAGAAGAUACCUUACCGAAAGACGUCUUUGUAUGGCUGAAGCUUUCCGACGACGUGGACGACGCUUUCUCCCCUCAAAACUUGAACAAGUUCGCAGCGUACAUCGACAAUUUUAACACGAGGAGGCCCAAUCAUCAACAGUCAGCGAUUGCUAUCUACACGAGCAGUUUUGGAGACGCUGCUGUCGUAAACAAGCUCAUCUCGGCAGUGGACGACGGGGCGACAAGAAGUAUCGCGAACAAGCUACAGGAGGCGCAGUUUGAGAGCUGGGUCAGCCGCAGAUUGGGUUUUGGCCAAGUCGAAACGAUACUGAAGAUUGACAGCUCUGGCGAUGCAGUAGUUACUCGCCGAAAGCUAGGCUUGUUGGUCAAGUAUAUUACGCAAAUGAUGGAUGGAGAUGAACGUUUAAUCAGGACGUUGACGGAGCAGCUUGGAGGGAGAGACAAACUGGCGUUGGUGUUGGAGAAAGCAAGUGAGUCCACGGCCGCCUCUGCGCUGCAGAAGAAGCAAUUUGCGUCAUUGAAAGACGAACGUAUUACACCGGAAGUCAUCGUCUCCUUUUUAUUUAAAAAGGCUCAAACAACUACGACAGCCGAGAAGGCGAUUGUGGCCAAGUUCAAUCUGUUCUUCAUUGAGACAAGUGGGUGA